AUGGAAACAAAAAUCCCCAAAUCGAUGAUAGUCGGAGUACUGAGCGUGGUGCCGGUAAAAGUGACCCAACACCGUAAAGUACGUUGCAUAUCCGUCGGAGAUCCUGUCGGAGCAGGAGUAUACCGGCGGACACUGAACAUAGUUACGUAUUACAAGCAAGAAGGUGAAAGUGGUGGUGAGAGAGGGUGGUUAUUCGCAGGACAUUUCAAGGAGUCCUUAGGGAAAGCCUUGGCGGAGCAGCCGAUGCUCGCCGGUAGGCUGCGGAGAAGGGAAGAUGGUCUGGAGGUGGUGCCAAACGACAGUGGCGUCAGGCUUGUGGAGGCAAGGUUUCCGGCUAGUUUGCCGGAGUUUCUUGAAAUGUCGAAGAGAGACAAAAGCAGAGCUGAAGCAGAGUCUGUCUUCUGGAUAGACAUUGAUGAAGUUGAUCCUCGUUUCUCUCCAUUGUGCUAUGUUCAGGUGACAAAUUUUGAGAGUGGAGGAUACUCAAUUGGGAUAAGCUGCAGCAUCUUAGUAGCUGAUUUCAUCGUUGGGACAGACUUCUUGAACAAAUGGGCUCAAAUCCAAAGCUCUUUAGCUCAUUCCCAAACCAGACUCAAACCAAUCUUCCACGUCCCUUCUGUCAAGCAAAACCUUGACAUUUUCGUCACUGACCUUACUAGGUCAGCCUCGGUUCUCGACCGUGGCAUAUCAGUCGUUUAUCAGGCAAAACCGUGCCUGAAAAUGUCAUUAGCAUGCAUGAAAAAGGCAAUUGUAACAUGCGAAAAGGCAAGUGUGUAUGUUUUCUUGUAUAUCAAGGAACAUGGCGAGAAUAGUACUGAAUGUGAUGGUGUGAAGGUAGAGGUACGUUCGAGGGACGAAGCGAUCAGCGAUUGCGACUGUAACGAUUUGGAGGAGACAGGUGUUGGAGUACUGAAUGCGAGUUUAGCGUUUGAGGAAAGAUCUGAAGGUACUUCAUGUUGGGUUGGGUCUGUCCCAAAAGGGCUUGUGUUUUUUCUUGUCCCACCGACUUUUGAAGGUAACAAGUCGCUUGUCAAAUUUAUGUUCGCGUUGCCAAAAGAGUAG